CUGAUAAUAAAAUGUUUUGGUUUUUAUUAUACCUAUUGCUGUGAUUAUGUGAAAUUAACAAUAACAGUCAACUGUCGAAACUCGAAAGGUAUCAUUUAGUUGAGUGUGCCUUAUGUGGAUUUUUAUUUCGAAAUAAAAAUAGUUUAAAGAAUCAUCUAGACUCAAUGCAUAAUGGAAACAAAAAAACAUCUGGUUUUAUAUCAAAAAGACCUAGAAAAAGCACUGAUUUACGCUGCCUUGAAAAAAAUUGUAAAUUUAAAUUUUACAAUAAACAGCUCCUCAUUAGCCAUUUAAAAUUUGACCAUCAGAUUGACUUUGAUAUUCGUUAUUUGAACUUCCCUUCAGUAAAUGAAUUCUUAACAUGGAAAGAAGACUUUGAGCUUGAAAAUAAGUGUCGAUAUGUACGUGUUACUGGUUGUAAAAAGUUUCCCGAUGGAAAAAAAAUGGCCUACUAUUAUUGUAAUCGUUCCACUUACUUUACAAGCAAAUCAAAAGGUGUAAGGAAGCGUAGCACUCCUUCUAAAGUGAAGGGUCUUUGCACUGCAUCAAUGAAAGAAAUUCAAAACAAAGAUGGAACUAUUGAAGUAUUAUUGUGUGCUACUCAUUAUGGACAUAAUAUAUCAACGGACCACAUGAGAAUGACAAAACGUGAACGGGAAGAAAUCACUGAACUUAUUCAGAGAGGUGAUCAUCCAGAUUUUGUUAUUAAUGCUGCACGUGCCAAAGCCUCAGAUUCGAUUGGUCGUAUACAUAUGCUAAAUAGAAAAGAUAUAAGAAAUAUAGAGCGCAAAUUAGGUAUUAAGUAUCCAGAGUUCAUAAAACAAAGGACAAUUAAUGAUCUCGGUACUGAUAGAUGGAUUCAAAAACUACAACGUACUCCUGAUAAUCCAAUCAUAUUUUAUAAGCCAAGUAAAGUUGAACAUGAUGGCUUUGAUUCUAGAGACUUAAUUUUGAUUUUUAUGAGUCGAAAUCAAAGCUGUUGGGUAAAUAAAUUUGGAUCCGAUGGCAUAUUUAUGAUCACUGAAAUGAGGAUGAUACAAGCUAGACUGUACUUAACAGUGCUGUGUGUUAGCGAUGAAUUUAACGUAAUGGUACCUGUAUGUUUUAUGAUAAGCAAUGAUAGUAAAGUAUUUCAAACAUUUUUUUUAAAUACAAUAUUUAAUAAAGUUGGUACCAUUUAUGCAAAAGCCCUAAUUACAGACGAUAAUUAUGAUUUGUAUGAAAGUUGGUGUUCUAUCAUGUCUCCGGUUGUACAUGUAAUUAACCAAAGAUAUAUUGAUAACCAAAUUAUUGACAAACUUCAAACUGAAGUAGAAAAUCAAAAUUUACAGCAUGAAAUAUAUGACAAAAUUUGUUCAUUUUUCAAUGCUCCAGAGAAGAGUAUGAAAGAAGAAAUUGUUGCCUACAAUGAAAAUUAUCUCAAUAAAAAUAACAUAACUAAACAAUUUGGAAAUUAUUUUGAUCAAAUGUUUACCAGCAGAGCUUACAUGUGGGCAUUCUGUUAUUUAAAAGAAUCACUAAAUCUAAAUCAAAUGAUUGAUAUUGAUACAAUAUACAAUAAAAUGUUGUUGCUGUGUGAAAAUAAAAAACGCUUUACUCCAAAUUUAUCAAAAGACAUGCACAUAUUUUUCACAGCACUUUUAGAUAUUCAAAAAAUUAGAAAAGACAAAAUUGAAAAAACCAACAUAACAAUUAUGAAUAAUCAUAAAAAUGCAUUGUGCUAUAACUCUACUCAUAUCUUUCCAGUUAAUUGUGAUACAUGGAGGAUAAGAUUGGAAGAUGGGACCAAUAAUAAUUUUGUUACAGUUGUUCGAAAAUUUUGCAAAAUAAUCGACUGCACAGUCAAAUGCCAAGGAUGUUACAACAUUUGUGCCCAUAUGUUUGAGUGUUCCUGCAACAAUGGCAAGCUUAAUAUAUGUGAACACGUUCAUAUGUUGGGCAUAUUUAAUAAACGAACUCAAAACGAGGUCAGUGAAGAUGUAAAGAAAGAAGAACUUGAGAUAAGCGAUUUAAAAACAAAUAUAAUGUUAAAACUAAAAAGUGUUACUAAUGAUAUACAUUUUGUCAACGAUGAAGAUACGCUUAGAAAAAUAAAUGUUGCUUUAGGUAGAGUACAAAAUAGUAUUAAUAAAGUUAAAAGUACAAAUGACUGGGAUGAUGACUAGUUAAUAUAAUUAUAUUAAUAUGUGCUUUUUAAAUCAUACGUGAUCAUUUAUGUUAUUUAUAAAAACUUAACUAAAUUUAAUGUAAUGUUCUUAAUAGGUUUAUGUAUUUAUAUUUUUUCUAUCAGUUUAAAAAUAAGUUAUUUUUAUUUUUCUAU